AUGUCGCCAGGUGUAAAAAACAUUGGGCCUGAGGUUGUGGCCAGCAGACAGCCAGUGCUUGGCUUGUCAGUGGUUACCAGAACAUCUUCUAUGGUUCUACACGCCGUGUCAGAAAUACAUAACAUUAGAUAUGAAUAUUUGGUAGUAGACAGAUGGAUAGGAAACUAUAAUCAAAAAUCAUCUGUUGCUGUCACAAACUCAUUGUACUUCAGGGAAGCGGAUAUAUCACCUGUAAUUCGGAUGUUAAAUUUUACACUUGGUUAUUUAGAUAUACUUUAUCCACCCCUGACUUCGAUAGAAACAAGGUAUUACUAUAGAAUUCCGACAUAUGGUCCUGGUAAAUUUGAGAAUCAGUUCCUUACGCCGUUGUCGUCUGGAGCUUGGCUAUGCGUUCUAGCUGUGGGCGUGUUAUGUAUGCUGCUGCUAGUGACGUCAUCAAAGAUAGAAAAUCGACCAUCAUCUGUACAGUUUGCAGUCUUUUCUGUAAUUGCGUCCUUUUGUCAACAAUUUUUCGAGGAUAACAGUGAAAUAACAACGAGAAGAACUACAACAGCAGGUAAGCUGAUAAUCCUAGUGACAGGGAUAUCAUGUGUCCUGAUCUACAACUACUACACGAGCAGUGUGGUGAGUUGGCUGCUGAGCGGUCCACCGCCUUCUAUCAACUCUUUGAAGGAACUGCUAGAGAGUCCCUUGCAACUCAUCUACGAAGAUAUUGGUUAUACUCGGUCAUGGCUGCAGAUGCCGGACUAUUAUUACAACAAGAGGAACUCGAAAAUAGAGGACGAACUAAGACAAAGGAAAGUUUUCAAUAAAAAGAAAGGAGAGCCGUUAUUAGUGCCUUUGGAAAAGGGGAUCGAAAUGGUUAAGGCAGGAGGUUAUGCAUAUCACACCGAAGUGGACAGCGCAAACACUCUGAUAUCGCGCACAUUCACUCAGAGUGAAUUGUGCGAGCUCGGGUCAUUACAAUCUAUGGAGAAGACACUUUUGUACGUUUGCUUGCAAAAGGACAGUCCUUAUAAAGAGUUUUUUGUUUGGAGUUUGCUGCGUCUACGCGAGCGUGGUAUAUUGUCCUGUAUUCAAUAUCGUACACGGUCACCCGACGUUUCUUGUGAGGGUAGCGUACCGCGAGCGCUGGCGUUGGGCGGCGCGGCCCCGGCCUUUAUACUGCUGGCCAUCGGAUAUGUUUCCGGUAUUUCUAUCAUGCUUAUAGAACGAAUUUACUAUAGGUUGCAAAAUCGCGGUACAAGUUUGUAAAAUAGAUUCAAAAGCAAAUGCAUCAACAAAUCGAUUGGAAUCGAAUUGAAAUUAGACAAAUGUACAAGAACAUAUUUUCCCUUUAUAAUCAGUAUAACACAUGCCAGUGGA